UUACACUUCAGGAGCUUUUAUUUUGAAGUGUGGAGCUGUGUUGACAGUGGGGGGGCCGAGAGUGAAUACAGCGCUGGAUGCAGCAGCCUCAGGAUGGACUCCGGUGGGAAACCCUCGGCUGCACAGAUGCUGCUGUUGGCCAGCAGCUCGGCUCUGACCGCCGUCUUCUACUCCGUGUACAGGAGCCGCACUGCGACUGUGGCCAGAUUGAAGGAAGCCAAGAAAGUGUCCAUGGAGCAGGAUCUAAAAACCCUCCUGUCGGAAACUCCUGGGAGAUGCGUCCCGUACGCCGUCAUAGAAGGUGUCGUGAGGUCAGUGAAAGAAACUCUGAACAGUCAGUUUGUUGAAAACUGCAAAGGUGUGAUUGAGCGUCUGACGCUGAAGGAGGAGAAGAUGGUGUGGAACCGCAGCACGCACCUCUGGAACAACACCGAGAAGAUCAUCCACCAGCGCACCAACACGGUGCCCUUCUCCCUCGCCUCUCACGACCACGCCGUCGCCGCCACAGUGCGGGUCGUGCGGCCGCUGGACGCCGCGGAGCUGGACCUGGAGACGACCUACGAGAACUUCCACCCCACCGUGCAGUCUCUGUCCAACGUCAUCGGACACUUCAUCAGCGGGGAGCGGCCCAAAGGCAUCCACGAGAGCGAGGAGAUGCUGCGUGUGGGCGACAGCGUCACGGGCGUGGGCGAGCUCGUGCUGGACAACAACCUGAUCAAGCUGCAGCCGCCCAAACAAGGCUUCCGCUAUUUCCUCACGCGGCUGGACUACGACUGUCUGCUCAGGAAGCAGAGCGGCAGCGUGAGGCUGUGGAGGAUCCUCACCGCCGUGUUCGGCAUCGCCGCCUGCUCCACGCUGCUCUUCCUCCUGUGGAAGCGCUACGCGCACCACCGGGAGAGCAGGAAGGAGCGCGGCCUGCUGCGGGAGUUCAAGGAGCAGCAGAAGAAGCGUCUGCGUGAACUGAACGUGGAGGAGAGCGGCGUGUCGCCCGGCAGCUGCGCCGUGUGCCUCGGCCGGGACCGCUCCUGCGUCUUCCUACAGUGCGGGCACGUGUGCGCCUGUGCGCCUUGUUACGACGUGUUGCCCGAGCCCAAGAGAUGCCCCAUCUGCAGGGCGCCCAUAGAGCGGGUGGUGCCGCUCUACAACAGCUAGAGUCAGACCUUUAGAUGAUUCAUAUAAACACAGCUGUUAGAACAUCGUGACAGCGUUUUACAUCCGGGCUGAACAUCUGCAAACAUCUGGUAGAUUUCUAAAAGAUGUUACUGGAGGAGGGAAUUAUCAUUAUUCUUAUUUUCAUUGAAAAAUAAAAUGUGAUCUGCAGAACACAUAUACACAUAUACACACACAUAUACACACACAUAUACACAUAUAUAUAUUUAUAUUUU